CCCGAUUGCACCCAUGGCUGCUGCUGUUGUUCUCAGACUUCUCUCUGCCAUGACUCACACGAUGUGUCAUUAAUUGUUUUCAUACCUUGAUUCUCGCGUUCGAGAUGUAUCCUAACAGCACCAGGUAAUGCUCCGAAAUUCUGGUCGAAUUGCGUAAAUCUCGGGUACUCUCGAGCACGAGCGAUAACAACGGAACAUGGCGAUGGAAAUGUGGAAGUACGUUUUGGCAGUAGUCAUCAUAAAUUCAGUGACCUCCGAAAGAAUAAAGGAUAUGAUAUACAUGCCUUUGGAGGGUGUAGCUGCGUGUUUCCGAAAGCACAAUGGCACACAUCAAUUCGGAUGUUCCUCCAGUAGAUCGGGAAGCGUAGGUGUGGUACACUUGGUCGAGGUGGACGACGAUAUCGCCUGGAUAGAAAAAAAUUCCACCGCCGGCCCGUACACCGUGGUCCUGCCGUUCGCGAUGUUCGACAGAAGCACGCUUGUAAGACUGAAGAACACGAACAACAUAAAUGGCGUGCUGCUGACGAGAAAUGCCAGCCACGAACGUCCGUCGAAGUAUUCGCCCGAGGACCAGUGCCCAAAUCGAUAUUCCGGUUAUAAGAAGUGCAAUGAGACGGAACCGUGGAACCCUUUCGGAUCUGCGUUGCUCAUGGAAGAUUGGCCGUUCCCCAUGUUCUACACAGAGAAUCAGACGAUCCUGGAGGCCAUAAAGACCUGUUUCUGGGCGCAUAACGCACACGACCUGGAGACGCAGUAUCAGAGAUCUCUCUGCGCGAUAGAAAUGAAGUCAUUUAUGCACGCCGCUGUUAACUCGGAAUCUUGCAUAAAGCGUUCGGAUUUCAUGAUGAAUUUCAAUCCGACGCCGUUUUGUGACCCCCUUGGGGAUAGGAAUAUACACUGGCCCCUGGCACCUCUCGACGAGAAUAACAAUACGGUGAUAAUGGUGACGGCACGAUUGGACGCGUCGUCGUUAUUCGACGGUGUGUCGCCCGGUGCCAGUAAUACAAUAACAGGACUGGUCACGUUGCUUGCCACCGCGUACUACCUAAAUGUCUUAAAUGCCACUGUCAACAAUACGAACGUUGUCUUCUCUCUGCUGAAUGGAGAGGCGUUUGAUUACAUAGGAUCCAGUCGUAUGGUGUACGACUUGAAGCACAACAAUUUUAACGCCCUUGGCGGAGUCAAUUUGAAACUCGACGAUAUCCAGACUGUGAUCGAAUUUGGCCAGUUGGGCAAGGGAAACAUAUUUCUUCAUAGCAAUGGCAACGACGAUAUAAUAAAACGUUUGCAGCGCGCGUUGAAUGGUUAUAAAUGGUUGACUGGUUAUAGCGCGUCGGUUAUAAAUGGUAGCGUUCCACCCACGUCCGUGCAAAGUUUCCUGGAGGCGAAACCGAAUCUAACGACCAUUGUUAUAACCAAUCACGAGAGACAGUUUAAGAACCGAUAUUACAAUGGUAUCCUGGAUGACGCAGAGAGUCUUAAUUUUGAUAGAAACGAUACUAGCGCGCUUGCAUCAGAUUUAGCGAAAAUUGCUCUUCAGGUUGCUAAUGAGCUUUACCGGGAAGUGACGGGCAAAGCACCGGAGCCCGUCGAUCUGCCGAUAUCCAUGGAGAAGCUCACCGCGGAAAUGCUAUAUUGCUAUUUGGAGAGCGCCAAGUGUACUCUGUUUCGUGCGGCUUCGGCGCCUAAUGCCAAAUUGGUCGAUCAGGUCUUGCCGUUGUACGUCGGGGUGCACAGAGUGCUCAACAUCGCGACGACUUUGACGGGACAGCUCUUGGCCUACCUGACGGGCGAAAAGCUCUAUGAUAUGAACGAAACAACGUGCCACGAAAAUCGGCUUGCUUGGAUGGGCGGUCAGAACUUUUCGGGCUUGUGUAUCAAUUCAACCGUCAAUUACAGUACGGCUGUGAGUCCCGCGUUUAUUAUUGAGGAAUACGACAUGAAAUCGGGUGUCUACUCGACUUGGACAGAAUCUAUAUGGCAAACGUUAAGCGUUAGAAUGUUUCUUAAACCAGCGGCAGCGACGGAACGCUUUAGUCUGAUUCUGGGUAGUUUGGUCGCCGGUUUCUCGUUUGUGUUAGUAUGGCUGGUCAAUAAUCGAGCCGAUGUGUUAUUUAACUCGAGGAGGACCGCUGAUUGCUAGGGAUACGCCGCGGACCACAUAUCAAUGACCAGGUUGGAUAAUCAUCGAGAAAAUCAAGAUGUUCCGGUAACUAGCCUUUAACCGUAUGUGUGGUACGCCCUCGGACGAUUAUUUUAUACCCCGAAAAAUACCCGGAUGUGUCUCGCAUUGUUAUCUUUAUAAUUAUCUUAUUUCUCGUCAUCGCUCCAUCCACAGUGGUUCAUUUGAAAAAAAUCACGGACGCAUUUUUGACACUUAAUGUAAAUGGCAAGGUGAAUCUUUCCUCUACUUUCUCUACCUAUAUUAUUAAUUAUUUAUGAAGUUAUACGAAAAAAGACAUUAGAUGACUGAAACGAAAAUAAGUUUAGUAGCUUUGUGUUGUGCGCGCAUGUAUAUAAAUGAAUGAAUGUGUAUUUAAGGUAGUCGUAAGAUUUAGGUAGUGGUAAGAUUUUUAAAAUAAAAAUUACAUAAAAGUGCUAAAAUACAGCAACUUUAGCGAUUAAAAUUGAUUAUUCGUGUAACGUUAAAAAAAUCGAAAUAUGAAUCAUAAAACAAUAGCGGAAAAGUA